CGUAACCGAACACACACUCUCCCGAAGCAAAGCGAAGCGAAACCAAAACCAAAACCGAAGCACGACGCACGACACGAAACCUAGCGGCAAACGGCAAACGGCAGUCGGCGGCGUCUCUCGUGGACAAAGACCGGUUACAAUAACAAAGGAAGUGGAUCUCGGCAAAGGAAGGGUGUCGGGUGUUGGGUAUUGGGUGUUGGGUGUCGUGUCGGCAGACAGGAAGCGGAAGAGCAGCGGAAAAGCAGCGGAAGUGCAGCCAUUUGCACUGCCUUCAGACUCGCACCGCACCGCCCCGCCCCGCCCUGAAGCGGCAAUCAGGAAGCAGUCAAAGGAAAUUACUUUCGGCCAGAAAUUGAAUUGAAUUUCAGCCAUUCCAUGGGUACCCCUCAUGUUUGCUUUGCGGACGAGCUGCCACAGUCGGAGGCACAGUCCCAGGCACAGUCCCAGAAGCCGAGGCGGAAGGAGAAGACCUCCAAUGGGAGCAACGGCAGCAACGGGAGCCUGAACAACAACAACUUCAAUCUCAACCAUUUGGGGGGCAAGAAGUCCAUGUCCGAGCUGGAGGUGUGCUCCUCCCCGGGCAGCAGCCUCAGUGUGUCGCCCGUGCCACGGUUCGAGCGGAACCUGGGCUUCUUUCGGCAGCUGAGCCGACGCUUCGGCCUGAGGUCGCAGGAUGACCUACUUCAGUCGGAGGAUGACGCAGUCGCUGUCUCUGCCGCCGCCGCUGCAGUGGCAGUUGCAGCCGUGCAGCAGCACCAGCAGCAGCAGCAGCAGCAGCAGCAGGAGGAGGAUGCACACAGUUCAUCGACCGACUCGUGCUCCUCGGGGCGUGGCCUGGCCGCACACCAGUCGCGGCUCGAGCUGAUGUCCAUGUCGUGCGCCUCCAGCGAGACGAGUAGCACCCUGGACAUUGAGGAGCAGCAGGAGCACCUCCAGCAGCACCAGCACCAGCAGCAGCAGCACCACCAGCGCCAGCAGCUCCAGCUGAAGCUGAAGCAGACACAGACGAGCCGGGCCAGCUUCUCGCGGCUGCAUCGCCGCUCCACAUCCUCGCUGCGCCGGGCCUUCGAGAGCCUCUCGCUGACCUCACGCUCGCUCUCGUGCAGCGGCCCGUCGCCGCCGCCGCCACCCCCGGCGGCCGCCACCCAAACGGCAAUGCCCCUGAAGUCGGCUCUCAAGUCCGCCUCGAAUGUGGAGCUGCACCAGCAGCCUGCGACAGUCGCCUCCAAGUGCGGCAGUGGCGCCUCCUGCCAUGCCCCAGCGGGCAAGGGGAAGGGAAAGGAGAAGGAGAAGGAAAAGCCGCCGCCGCAGAGGAUUCUGCGGCAGCCCGUCUCCUACACAUAUCUGAAGGGCAUGUCCGGCCUGCCCACCCAGCGGGUGCCCCGCAGCUCCGUCUGCUGUCAGUAUGCGAGGCGUUAG